CGAGGACAGAACCUGUCAUGCAUCGAUGGACAACUCAAAUUCUCCAUAAUCGGCUCCGGGAUCCUCGUAUGCACCCCUAGGGCGGCUUAGCGGCCGCGUCCGCAGCCUCUUUGCGCGCUACCCGCUCAGCCCCGAUGCCUCGGCGAAUUUUGGUCGGCAUCAGCGUAGUCUCCUCAAGACGAUGGAGCUACGCGCACCUGAAGGAGUACGAGUAUAUAUCUUGCGAGCUGGAUGACCUCUGGAUUACCAAUUCCUGUUUCAGAGCCACGGACGCCUUCGAUUAUGCCGCGCAAGAAGAAAGGGCUCCGAGUGUAUCACCAUAAAUCCAGAUAUGGGUGUUCGCAGUGCAAGCGAAGAAGAGUCAAGUGCAAUAUGCAAUCGCCCGCAUGCGGCAACUGCGCCCGACGAAACGAACUGUGCGAGUAUCCAACAUUCAGCGAUCCGCCGUCCGGCGAAUCAAGUGCAUCUCCAACUCAACAUCAAUGGUUAAACGAGGUCUCCGGCUUUCCGGUCUGCGGGGACGACAGCACACCAGUGCCACUCCAAUACGCGGACUGGCCCAUCAUACACGCGGGGCCACUAUCAGGCACCAUCGAGAGCAGAACCUCCUCCCCCGACACAAUCAGACCCCUAGUCUCGCUCCUCCUCCGCUACUCGUGGUUCACGGAGCAAGAGCAGGCCAUGUGGGUGCCCGCGCUGUCAAGAGAAGCCAGCAAAUACCCCUACCUGCAGCGCUGCAUCUCCGCACUGGCGUGUCUGGGACAGGAUACAAAACACCCCUAUCUGUCCAAACCCCCGGUCAAUGCAUACAGACACCAAGUCUCGGCAUCGAGCCUCUUCCGGCAAUCGCCACCUGUGAUCGACGAAGGCAACUGGGUAGCAGUCCGCUCCUUCAGCGUGCUCAUGCUCGUCUUCCAGUUCUACACGCAGAAGACGUGCCGACCGGAGCAAUUCGACAUCAUCGAGACGCUCCAAGUAAUGCGCAGCACCAUGUUCCUCGAGUCCGCAUCAAAGUGCUGGUUGCACAAGAGUCCCUACUGGCCCCUUAUUAUGGAGAGAACGAACAUCACCGCCUCAGAGCCCGACGAAGGCCUGAAGGCAGCAUUGAAACAUCUAGGCGACGUCAUUUCCGAGUCAAUCGGGGACGAGUACGAUAACCCCGACGACGAGCAACGCGCCGAGAUCAACAACCAUGCCUUCUGCGAAUUGCGCGAGUGGGCUGCCCAAUGUGCGGCGCACCCGCGUAGGUGGUACCACUACUGCCAAUGGCCCGGCAGGGUAAUGCCCGAGUUCUUCGACGUCCUCGCUGGAGGCGACGACAUCGCGCUACUCAUCCUGGCUCACUGGGCAACAAUUAUGCAUCUAAGCCCCAAGCCCAUCGUGCAGUCCUGGGCACGCCGCACGGCCUUCUAUGCUAUCAGAAAGCUGCGCGGGGGCUGGAGCGACGUACUGGUUUGGCCUUUGGCACUGCUCUCCGCGCAGCCGGAGGUGCCCUUUCAUCGCGGUGAACCAGUCCCCACGGAUUUGCAAUUUCCGAGCUAUGCGGGCGGUAUCGACCCGCAGUUGUGCGCUAGCACGCCGGUUGGCGUGCAUCACGACAUUGUACCCGGACCGAUGGAAGGCUUGGGCGUGGGGUGGGUGCCCUAUGUACACACGACAUUGGCGUGAAGUCCGCCGCGAUGAUAGUGUACAUGGGCUUGGUAGCUUCGCAGCAUGCAUCUUUCGGAGCGUCUGCUUGCUCAGGCUGUCGGGCGACGCUUGGAGCCGCUAAUGUAUGCGUAUGACCCUCCGGUCGGGCGUGCUGGGGAGAUUUAGUAAUAAACGACUUUCCAGCAUAUGCCAUGCCCAAGAAUACGGUGCCCUGCUCGCUCUCGACAGGUCUCG